CGCGUAUGAAUGGGUUUAAGAUGGCGGACUUUACAAAAAUUUGAGUUUUGACUAAUGAAAACACAAACAAUUGUCAUAUAUAGAUUGACAAAUUAUGGAUUCAACAUGUGCUUAUGAUCCUACCUUGCCAGUGGAUCUAGAAGGAAGCACUAAUGCCAAUGUAUUACAUGAGGUAACCUUUGGGACACACAUGGAGUACCCAGACGGCUCUGUUCCAAUGGUUGCCAAGAACAACAGUGGGAGGAUGUCCCCUGUGAGAGGCAGAACAAUGAAGGAGUACGAUCAGCAAUUGACAGAGCUGAAAAAAGAAAACUUUAGUUUAAAGUUGAGGAUAUACUUCCUUGAAGAGAGAAUGCAACAGAAAUUUGGUGACAGCGAUGUCUUUAAAACAAAUAUAGAACUGAAGGUUGAAUUAGAGAGUGUUAAAAACGAAUAUUCAGACAAACAGGAGUUGUUAAAGAAAGCUUCAAAUGCCAUGGAAGCAAUGUCAAAGCAGCAUGAGGUAGAGCUCAAUGGAAUCAGGGACCAGAUUGAAAAGGAACAUCAGAAAAAUACCAAACAAUUGCUUGAUGAAAUCAAUCAAAAACAUCAGGAAUUGGGUAAAGCAAACAAGAGACUUGAAGAGACAGACAUGGAAGUUAAAUAUUUACAGGAACAGAUUGCUCAAUCACAGACUCAAUAUGCUGAAUUUGGUCAUAAGACACAGAUACAAAUUCAGGAUCUAAGAGAUGCACUUGCAGCUAAAGAAAGUUUGAUCGGAGAACUUCAAAAGGAAACAAACAAUUAUAAUGGAAACAUGCAGAGACUUCAACAGGCUAAGGAUGAAUUGAGUGACAAAAUAGAAAAGUUUGAAAAAGAAGUCAACAGAAAAGACAGAGAUAUUGAGCAAUUAACAUCAGUUGUCCAUGAAAAGACUUUUGUUGACGGAGAGUCUAUUUUAGUCAAUAAUCAUCUACAGGAUGUUGUAGACGAUCAGACUGAGACUUUAAAGAAAGUGAAACUAGAGAAUGACAGAUAUAAACAAGAGCUCACACAAAAGAACAGAAUGAUUGGGAAAUUAGAGGAUUUAAUGAAAACAGCAGCACAGGACAAAAAGGACUUAGAAAACAAAGUGAAAGAACUUGAGUCUGUCCUGGAUGAAAAGCAGAAAAGCAUCCAGAAAAGAGAUAAAGCUGUAAUGGGAAUGAGAACUCUGAUAGUGGAGAAAACCAAGGAGGCAGAAGACUUCACUAAAAAGCUGGAGGAUAAAGAGGGAGAACUGAAAGCAUUACAGAAGGAAUAUCAAGAUAUGAAGUUAGGAAAGAGCAAAGCGUUAGAACAAAAGCAUGAAGAACUUAAUUAUUUAGAAGAGAAAGAAUUAUCUACACAAGCAUAUUUGCAACAACAAGAAACUGAAUUGGAGAAACUGAUGAGAACUCUCGGGAAGAAGGAAGGAGAAUUAGAAAGCUUUAAAGAUCUUCUGACGAAAGCAGAGAAUGCCCUUAUACAGAGCGAAGAUGCUGUAGAUGGAUUACAGAAACAGUUAAGAAAAGAAUCUGGACUGGAUAGUCAUACUAGACACUAUCAGACCCUUUUUGAAGAUGCUCAAAAACAAGUUGAAGGAAAAGAUCAGUUGGUGAAAAAUCUGACUGAAAGUUUACAGGAUAAAGAUAGACAGAUCCAGUAUUGUAUGGAAAUAUUCAGACCAACUAAGGAAGAAGAGAAUUCCAAGAAAUCAAUGGAUGGUUGGAUGAAAGACUUACAAGACAAAUUAAGGGAGAAGAAUAAAGCAUUGGAGGAUGCUACUGGAGAAAAGUAUAGAAUUUUGGACGAAAAAGAUGGAGAGAUUAGAAAGCUUAAACAACAGAUCAGAGAGAAGGAGCGUGAUUUGGAGAAGGCAAACCAGACAUUGAUAAGUACAGAAGAGACAAUUGAUGGUCUAGAACAAGAAUGUAGUGAUAAAGAACUCAACAUGAAACAGCUUGUAACCUCCCUGAAAUCAGCUCAGAGGUCAUUUGAGGAUGCUUUAGACAACCAUGCCAGGGUUCUGAGGGAGAAAGACAGCAUGAUUAAAAGACUUCAAACUAGUUUGGCAGAGAAAGAGAGAAAUCUUGAGACUUCACAGUGGAGUGGCAAUUCCAGUAAUGAAGAGUUAAAUAGAUUAAAGAAACAGUUGAAGGAGAAAGAUGAUUUAUUGCAGGAUGUGAUGUCUGAGCAGUCUAAGGCAACAGCAGCCAAUGCAGAGGCUCUGAAUAAUCUACUGAAGAAACUGAAGUCUAAGGACGAGGACAUACGAGAGUUGAUGGAGAGAUCUAAUAAAGAAAUGUCAGAUCUCCAUAACAAACUUCAACAGUUACAAGCAGAACUUAAUAGAAAACAACUAAGUUCAAAGAGUUCAGAAGACCAACUUAUUGAUAUUGAACAGGAUCACAGACAGGGCAUAGACAGACUUGCUGGAGCACUAAAGGAUAAGGACAAAACUAUUGAGACCUUGGUAGAAAGUGGACAGGAAAAAGACAAACUAAUCCAAAGAUUACAACAGGUACAUGCAGCUUCACGUGGAACUAUAAUGGAUAAUAACAGGCUUAGAGAUGAGGCUGAUGAACUUAGGAAUCAGUUAGCUAAGAAAAAAGAUGAAAUUAGCGAAUUAAAGCUUCAGUUAGACAGAGAUGGAUCAAGGAGUCCCAAAGCAGGAUUUCAUGUAGCCUUAGAGGAACUGAAACUUCAAUUGGCAGUUAAAACAGAGGCUCUUAAAGCUGCUAAACAAACAGAAGAAGACUUCAGGGAACAAAUUAAUUCUUUACGAAAGCAACUUGAAUCGGCUCACCAGAGUAUGAAAGAAGUACACACAACUGAAAAACAAGUGUACUACAUGAGAGACAACUCUGAUGGAAAUGGACAUUCUGACCAGUACCAGGACUUCAUACAAAGAGAAUUGAAUGAGUUGCACAGGAUUCAGGAAGCUGAGAAACAAAUUCUGUUGGAUCUAAAGGAAAAAUCAAUGUUUGAGAAAUCCCACAAUCUAGAGGCUGAAUUAGCUGCAAUACAGACACUGAAAAGAGAAUUAGAAGCUGGAAUUCAGAGGAAUAAUAAACUACAGCAGCAAUUGGAACAACAGAAAUCCAGGUCACCAAGGAAAGGAUCCAAGGAUAGUUCACAGGAUGACCAUUUUGACAUGGAAAGAAGAUUCAGUGACCAGUCCAGUGAUACUGCUAAUACUUCUGACUCCAGACGGUCAAGUGACACCACUCCACGUAAUCAAGAUAUUGAAGUUCCACAACAUUCCUACUCUUGGCCAUUGGUCCAAAAUAAAAAGCCACAGCUUCUGAAAACCUGGUCGCCUUCAUCAACAGAUUCUGAUAUUCCUUUGAAUCGUCAGAGCUUGUCAGAAAUGUCUGCACCUAUGUUGAGAAAGUUUAUUCGUCAAAUGAAAAAUCAGUUUGACAAAGCUGGGAAAGAAAAUGAUGAAUUACGCCGUAAAGUAGAUGGUUUUGAUAGUCGAGAGAUUCCAGGUAGAAAUGAUAGUGAUGUAAGUAGUUUACCCAUAAUGCAUUUGGAAAUAGAAAGACUGACACAGGAAUUAAGUGUUAAGAAUGAAGAGAUCAGGAAACUUAAAUCAAGCAUAGGCUUUGCUGUAGAUACUAUGGACUUGAGUGAUGUACCAAAUUUAACAGAUUUACAAAAUGAAAACUUAAAAUUGAAAGUACAACUUGGUAAUCUUGAAGAAUUAAAUAUGCUUCUUAAAAAGCAGAUUGCUUUAAAUUCACAAAGUGCUAACUCUGAAGGUUUUAAUCCUGAGCUUAUAGUGCAAAUGGCAAAUGAAAUUAGAAAUCUUAAGACACAGUUGGACAAUGUAGGUGCAAGACAUGACAAAUCCAAUGUUUCGUGCCAAACUGCACCCUGGAGUGAUGCAAUUAUAACAAAUGGUCAGAUUGAAAACAAAAGUCAGAAGAGGAAUUCUAAAAUUCCGCAAAUACAAAAGCCUGCACCAAUGAGAACUAACUCUUCUGAUAGAGAUAGUCCAGAUAUUCUCAAAAGUCUUUUGAUGGAAGCUAGAGGCAGAUUGCAAGCCUUAGAGGGCAAACUAGAAGCUACUGAGGGCACUGUUAGACUUCAGACCAAAAAGAUGAAAUAUUAUCGUAACUUAUUAGAAGAAAAUGGACUUGUUUUUAAGAGUCCUCUAGGAAGUCGCUCAAACAGUGAAUCAAACAUUGUCAUGGCUCUUGGAGGUAGAAACUUGUGUAAGAAUAACCGGACUCUUUCUUACGAUAACAUUCCUGAAUUACUGGUGGACUCACAGACAGAAUCUUCAGAGUCCGAUUUCUCAGAAAAAUACAAAAGUUACGGAAAUACAAAUAAUGUUUCUGAGUUGAAGGACCAGGUCAGACAAUUGAAGAUAGCCAUGGAAAAAUAUAAAGCUGUAAUAAAAUCACAUAUGUCACAGAGAGACGCAAGUAUGGGUCAGAGAGACACAAGUAUGGGUGGAAUGUCAACACAAACACAUCAUGAUAUGGAUGACACAUUUAUCCCUCGUCAGUCUUUGCGAGACUUACAGUGUAAACUGUCUGCCUCAGAAGAAAAUAACCUCUACCUAAGACAGAAAAUAUCAGGAUUUGAAAAAAACAUAUCUGAUUUGAAAUUAGAAUUGAAGAGAUAUCAAAAUCAAGAUCAAUUAGAUGGUCAUAAUAUUUCACAGGGAUCACCCACAAAACAGAUCAUUGAAACACACAAAACUGAAAUUGUUUUCCUACGCAAAAAAUUAGCCGAAACUCAGAAUUCAUGUGUUCAAUUAGAAGGAUGGCUGAAUGAGUUAAGUGAAUUUUUAAGUGAAUUAAUGUACAUUGAUGAAGAUGGUAGCCAUGGUAACAUGAGAGGAAUUAAACAGAAAGUAGACAAAUCACGUCAUAUGAUUCAGUCUAUGUCAUCAACUUUGUUAGAACAAGAUUUCACAGAGGCUUCAUUUUCAGUGAAUGAGGACAGCACUUUUUUUAAUGGCAAUGAUAGCAUCAGACAAAACAUUCAAACUUUAACAGAGGAAUUAAGCAAAAAGAAUUUGGAAGUUGAAAAAUUGACUGAAGAGGUCAUCAGAAAAAACUCCAGAAUAAGUCAAUUAGAUCAAAGUUUACUGGUUACCCAAAAUAAACUGUUACUGGUACAAGGUAGUCAGGGUUCAGUAACUACAAAUGGACAUAGUAGAACUUCAGAUUAUAUGGGGACCAGUCAUUCAAAGAGCACUGUCUCACCAAUAAGAUCACCAACAUCAACGAUAUCUGACACAAGAAGAUUCAGCGACAUGUCAAAUUUUAAUCAAAAUGAAAAAUCCACAGAAAGGCUACGUCAUGCAACGGGAACAUCUGAUGGAAGUACUGCACCAUUUGGGCAUUCAGUUAAUGAUGUGAAUCUUACAGCAGAAACUAUGGACUCGAGUAUGAGAUCUGCUGGGACCCAAGAUAGUACUUCAAGGUCAUUCCUAAAAAGUCAUCAUAAUGGUGUUUCUGAUUACACAUGUACAAGUAUGCUGGGUUCUGAGGAACGGAUGAUGGACAAUCGUCAUGACUUUUAUGAUGCAUCUCAUACACCUUCUUAUCUACACAAUGGGAAUGAUGUCACUUUUCCUAGUCUUCAUUUUGAAAACUCUCACAGAGAAAAUGAAAAUUCACGACAUGUCACGUUUUCUGAUGUGACAGGACGGGAAAGCCCUGUAAACAAUGUCAGUGUUUUGACCACCCGUCUUAAUGCAUUGGAAGAUCUGAAUAGGACUUUAAAAGAUGAGGUAAAUCUGUAUGAAAAGAUGUGCACAUCUAUGGGGACACAAAUAUCACCAAGGAAAUCACCUAGUAAGGCUUCAGGGGAUCUUGAUAAAGACCUUCUACUUGAACAUUUACAAGAAAUACGGGCCCUGCGUACAAAACUAGAAAGGUCAUUAGAAGAUAGUGACAGACUUAGAGAGGCACUUGAGAGGGACAUGAAGAAAGAUGAUGCUGAAACAGGGUUUUCUUCAGAUGUGUAUCUAUAUAGUCAGCAUCAGUCAGUUGUCAGAGAGUUACAGUUUACUAUACAGAGAUUGGAACAAGAACUAGCAGACAAAGAUGACCUGAUCAACAGUGUGCAUCUCCGAGCUGAGAGAGAAAAUAUGGGAUCUCAUAACAGGUCAAAUUUUGCUGAAUCAGCACAUUCUCAUGACAUGACACAAACUGUAGAAAAAUUGAAACAGUUGUUAAGGGAAAGAGAAGAAAAAGUUACUGAAUUAAAUAAAUCAGUAAACAAACAUGAAAAUGACAUGCAACAAAUGUGUCAUUGUAAUAAGGAAAAAGAAUCUGUGAUUCACAAAUUAGAACAAAGACUUUCUCAGGCUGAAACAGCAGCUGAUAAAAAGUCAAAAGAUCAUCAUAUGCUGGUUCAAACCUUAGAAAAAUGUAUCCUCGAAAAGGAGAAAGUGAUUAAAGAAAAGUUGACAGUUAUAAAAGAAACAGAAAGAAUUAUCGAGGAGAAAGUUGUGACUAUUCGUGAGAAAGAUGAACAAUCUGUUGAAAAUAAAAAAACAUUGGUACUUCAGCAAAGGAAAAUUGAUGACUUUGAUAAGUCGAUGAAUCAAAUUAAGAAGAAACUUGACCUCCAGGAACAAAGUCUGCAUCAACAAGAACAGAAGUUAAAGGAGCAAUAUGAUAUCAUCAAACAACAGGAUGAUCAGAACAGACAGUAUAUUGAUGCUUUACAACAGAGAGAUGAGCAAAUCAAACAGUAUGAGAUUGCUAUCACCAGGAGAGAAGAAAAGAUUAAACAGCUGGAACAUACAAUAAGGUCUGUAGAAGAUGAAAGGCAGUCUCUAGAAACUUCAAGUCGCAAACGAGAGGAAAUUUGUCAACAGAGAGAGGAUAAACUGAAAAUUCAUGAAGAACAAAGAAAAACUGAAAUAGAAAAAUCCAAGAAAAAUGAAUUGAAUCUUAGGAAAGCUGCUAGAGAAAUAAAAAGACUGAACACAGAAGUAAAGACUCUACAGGAACAAGUCCAGGAAAAUAAAGACCUGAAUCAAACAAUGAAAUUAGAGCUGAGUGUGUAUGAAAAAUUAGAAAAACAAGAAGGUGAUUAUGAUACUAUGGGUGGAUUUGACAUUAGAGAUUUGUUGACAGAAAUAAGACAUUUGAGAGUACAAUUAGAGAGAUGUAUCGAGACCAACAAUGCUCUCAGACAGAAACUGGAGGAACACUUAUUACAUCAACAUAGUCCAAGGUCACAUCCAAAUAAAGAUAAAAGUCAGAGUCCUGCAAGAUCAGGUACUACCACUGGAACUGAUGCAACUGAUGGUCAGCCCAGUCCUGAGAAACCAAGAGUUCACCAUGAAAACUCUCAGAGCAGUCAACUAAGUAGUGUUGCCAGUCUCUCACAGAGCUCUAGUGUUAGUGACGAUCAUUUUGCUGCACAAAGUAUUGACAUCCACACAUGGCCAGGUACAUCAUUUGACAGAAAACAUGAUACCAUCACAUCAACUCAUUCCCUGCCUGUAGGUCCUUUACAUAGGUCACUCACUGAAAUAAUACACAAGGAUAGGAAACCAGAAGGGAACCUGUCAUAUUAUGUUGAUGACCCUCCUAGUAAAUUAGCAGAUUUCACUUUCCAGCAAACAGUCGACUCUGAUUUGAGAAAUCUGUUUGCCGUAGGCAAGCUUGAUGAUUAUGAAAAACUGAAGAAAGAAAAUUAUGAGAGUUUAAUAGUGCUCAAUGGUGUUGAAGCAAGAAUUCAAGAAAGAUUAAAGAUGUUUAAAACUGCUCCUGUAUCAGAGAGUAUAGAAUACAGUACCCUUAAGGAAUUGUCACUAAGUGUAGAGAACAUGAAGAUUUGUUUGAAUGAGGAGAAGUCAUUGAUAACAUGUUUCUGGACCACUACAUUACCAAAAGGGGAUACAUCAGGACAGAAGCUCAUGACUGAGAAUGAUGCCUUAAGAAAUGAAUUGUAUGCUACAAGGACCAAAUAUGAGCUGAUGUCCAAGCUUGUCCAUGAUGCUGAAGAAAGACUUCAUGCCUCCAAUAGACAGAAACAGACAAUGGAGGAUAUAAUAUAUAAACAAUAUGACAAAAUACUAAAUGGUCUGAUUGUUAGUGGACAGUACAACAAUAUGUUUGCAUGUGAAAAGGACAACGAAGGUGAUGGCAAAAGCAAGAACAAAUUUUGAAAAAGUUCCAGAGUUUCAACAGGAGAAAGAAAACCUACUAAAAAAUGUGAAUAUAGAUGUUGACGAUAUAGAAUCGAGCAUUGACAACUUCUCCUCCCGGUGACACCUAUACACACAAUAUAGAGAUACUAGUUUUGACUAUUAAUUGAUCAAACAAACUACUUAUUAUUACAGUGAUAUUAUUGAUAUUACCUAACAUAAAAUGACAAGAGGAUGUUCCAAUAAAUAUUGUUAUGUAAAAAGUACUAGCAAGUUGAAGUGUGGGACUCUAAUUGACAUCAAAUUGUUACAGACUGCGAGAAUUUCAUGACAAGCAUGUUUAUGAUCUCCAUGUAAUCUCUAUAUUUCAUCAUUGCUUGAAGUUGUCUCCCUUGAAUUGAUAAGACUAAUAAUAAUUUACGAGAAGAAACAUAACUUUACUUACUGAACGUUAAUAUGUUAUAUACUGUUAAUUCAGAAAUUAUUGUGUGCAUUUAUAAUUGCUGGGUUUUUUUAAGGAAUAGACAAAUAUAUGAGACUUAUUUUUGCCACUUCUGAAAAAACUGCUUAAAGAUAUAUGUAUCAGAUUUCAUCAUGUGAGUUCUUACUGUUACAAUACUCACCAAGUCUCAUUAUUCACAUUAAUAAAAACCUGCAACAAUUUCUGAAUUAGCAGUAGUUGUUAAAAAAUAGUUUUAGGAAUUGAACUGUAUAAGAAAAGAUAUGUCUUCUUUCACUGGUAUUAUACUUUGUUAUGAUUUGAUAUUAUAUUUGUAAGUUAUUUGUUCGCAUGUCUUAUUAGUGUGCUACAUUGUUCCCCAGUGCUGAUGACAUUGUAUAGUUGUAUAGGUACUGAUGGACGAUAUUUUUGCAAUAUAUAUGAUUGACAAACAUUGUCAUUUCUGUACAUAUAUCCUGUCUUCCUUCACGUAAUGUUGUUACAUCAAUUAAUAUUGUGCCAAAUGAAAACAAAAUAAGCUAUUCAAAUCAAAAUAUUUUUGUAUAUUGUUUUUGUAUACACAGUAUUGAAACUCAUCAUAUUUUGUAAUAAACAGUUUUUUCAUUGGUAAAUAAGCCAUAAAUUGUCCAAUUACUUAAAAAAGUUUUCUUAUAUUACCUCAUGUUUUCACUAGUAAUUUAGUUAAUGUUGAAAUAUUAACUAUUGGGUCAGUUGCAGAACAUGUUCUACAUAUUUGACUUUUUGUUUGAAGUUGUAUAUGUUUAAAAAUCAGUGGGAGACAAUGAGAUCUCAAUCAACCGUAUGUUCUGGUUUAUAUUUUGCUUGUUUUGUCCUUGAUUUAUUCCUACAGUUUUGUUCCAUCCCUUUUAUUUUUCUUCUAAUUAUUUCGUAACAUACAGAUUGUGAGACUGUGAAGAAAUAAUGAAUUAUCUCCCCUUAACAAGAAUGAAUUCAGGGAAGAAAUCUGUUAUACCAAAAAUGUGUCAUUUUCAAAAAGGUAACUUUGUGCCACUAGCUUGCACAAAUGAAUAUUGAAUAAUGGCGCAAAUUAUACCUUUGAAAAAGAAAAUUUGGUGCAAAUGAUAUCUUUAAAAUGACAGUUGGCUCAAAUGAUCUCAAGUCGAUUUCAGCUGGGGUAAUUCUGAAAUUUUUAGGCAAGUGUGACAAAUAUAAAGGCUACAUCACAGACAUAAAACCUUAUUUAGAAAAUGUAUACACAUUUUUUAUGAGUACUGUAUGUAUAUUUCGUAUGCCUAAACAACAGUCCACAAAAUCCAAUUUUGAAAAUGAAUAUUACUUUUUCUAAUUUGCUGACAUUAGAAAGACAGCAAAGUGGAUGAAGAAGAAAUUUUAACAGAUUUAAAGGGAAUGAGCACACAAAAAAAGAAUUGUUUAAAGAAAAAAAACUUGAACAAACAAGAAAAGCAUGUCUAAUGUUUCCAUAUAAAACAUUUGGUUAUUUUCUAAAUGCACUUAAUUUUUAACAGAAAUUAAAAAUGUGAGGUAAUAUAAGUAUUUCAAAAGCUCAAGUAAUUUCAGUAUUUUGUUAAAACAGACUUUUGUUAUACAUGUAUAACAAUCAGAACUCAUUGUGCCAAUUUCAUCUUUUUCAUGAGAAACACAAGCAUAAUACAUAUGCAUAAGGGACCAAAUCAUACUCCAUGUUUUCAUUGAUGAAAGAGUUGUUUAACAUGGCUUUAUCAUUGUUAGCAUUGAAGAAUACAUAAAAUGAACAUUAUCUUGAAAUGUUUUUUUUUUAUAUGGAAAUACCUUAAUGUAGAAUGUUCUUGCCAUAUAGGUUCAUUUCUGUAAUUUAUUUUUGUUGUAUAGCAUUAUUAUCUUUAUUGGUUUUACAAUACACUAUGUAUUUAUCUUCUGAUAUUUAUUUCUCAUAUAAUUUUGCUGUACAAGUAAUAUUGUGUUAUCAUUUUGUUGUGCUAAGUCAAUAAAUUAUCUUAUGCUUGAGCAAUAUUUUGUUUGUAUAUCUAAUAUUUAUUACAUGUCUGAGACAAUAUGUUAAUUUACAUAUUAUUCUAUCUUUUUUAUUCCAUCUCCAAGAUAAUAUUAAAGCUAUAUAUAACCUACUCAUUGACUCAAAUUACAUUGUGUAAUAAUAUCAAGGUUGGCUGAACCAGGAAGUUUAAAUUAUUAUCCUUGAUCAAUAUCAUCUAUUGUGAAUUUUUCUUAAACGUUUUAUAUUUGUAAUGAUUAUCUGAGUUAACAUUUAAACUUUGAAACAUUUGUUUGAGAAUUUUUUAAAUGUUAUGUAACUACAUGACCUACUUUAUUUAUUUAUUCUGCAUAAUUUAUUCUGCAAUGCAAUCAUUCUAUUAUUCAUCAUGUACAUUAUCUUUCUUUCAAAUAUGUAUGGCAACUCUAGCAGAAAAUAAAAAUAAAUGAAAACCA